CACACGCCGCGACAUACUUGUGUUUCUUGUACACGGCUAAUAUACAGUACACUCACGGUACAAAAACACCUGGUCGUCGAGAUGUUCUUUAUAUGCCGCCAGUUAACGGCAGCCUGUAGUCGCACCAGCUUUAGCUUUCACGGCGUAACUCUACAGGUAGCAGCGAUGAAUAUACACCGGUACCACCGAAAGUCUGACCUCAAUCGGAGUUUCUCGCAAGACUCCUCAGAAAUGGAACCACCUAUCGCAAAUUCGUUCUACGACUUGACUGCUAAGUCCCUGACCGGCGAAGAGAUCAACUUUUCUAGCUACAAACACAAAGUCGUUCUGAUUGAAAACGUGGCGUCCCUCUGAGGCACGACCGUCAGGGACUAUACCCAACUGAAUGAGCUGGUCGCCAAAUUUGGCGAUAAGCUGCAAGUGUUGGGAUUUCCCUGCAACCAGUUUGGUCACCAGGAAAACGGCAAGCAAGAGGAGAUCUUGAACAUCCUCAAGUACGUCCGCCCUGGUGGUGGGUUCGUACCAAACUUUCCAUUGUUUUCUAAAGUGUUAGUGAAUGGAGAAGGCACCCAUCCAGUAUUUCGCUAUCUGAAGUCUCAUCUACCAGCUCCAAGUGAUGACAGCGAAUCUCUGAUAUCAAAUCCAGGUGCCAUCAUUUGGAGCCCUGUAAGAAGAACCGACGUAUCGUGGAAUUUCGAGAAGUUCUUAAUUGACAGAAAAGGAAACCCAAUCAAGAGAUAUAGUCGCCGUUUUGAGACCAUCAAUAUAGUCAAGGACAUUGAAAAUCUUCUUUAAUCUCAACUUCAAAAGAUGACUAAUUUGAUCCGAGGACAAUCAUUUUAUACAUACAGCUUACAUUGAUUUGUGUUUCAUGUUUCCAUUUUUACUUUUGCUUACAUAUAUAUAUAUCUGAAAUAAUUGCAAUGACUUGCAAAUAACGAUAUACAGUGGUUAAUUUUCAUCUUCAACGAAAACUGUUACACUUCUGAUUUCACUUUUAUGAUGACGUUACCAAAAACUUCUUUGAAUGCCGGUGGUGUUGGAUCCCCAGUGAACGUGUAAUGUAAUAGUUUUCGCGAAUGUGAAAGUAACUCGAAUGAAAUAAUAAACUUAAUAUAAACGUA